GGCACGCUAACACCCAUUGUUCGAAAUCCUGAAGAUGCUCAACCUACACCAACGUUACUGCAAUAUCUUUCACAACUGUGUAAGGAUCCCUCCAACACCGUUUGGGUCAUUUCCGGCAGAGAUCAGAGAUUUUUAGACACUUGGCUUGGGAAAAUUCCUCGUUUAGGGCUGAGUGCGGAACACGGUUCUUUCAUGAAACAGGCGGGAUUAAAUGAUUGGGUUGACAUGUUGAAGGAUGCAGAUAUGUCAUGGAAAAAUAUCGCCUUGCAGAUUUUUCAAAAAUAUACCCAGGCGAACCCAGGCACUGUUGUUGAACAGAAGAAAUCUUCUAUAACUUGGCAUUACCGCAAUGCACUUGAUACCAUUGAAGCGUAAGAAGACACACGUGGUUUACUUUGCUGCACACGCAUGUUCAUAGUUGUGCAUAUCGUUGUUUGUGUUUUAAAAAUACUUGCAUUUUUUUUUAGUGAAAAACAAUCUAAACUAUGCCAUGAAGAAUUACUGCAAAUUCCAGGUGUAGAUAUUUUGAUUGGCAAAAUGAAUUUGGAAGUAAGAUCCUUGUUAGUGAAUAAGGGUGAGGUUGUCAAACGUAUCAAACAACAACAGCCAGCGAUAGACUUUGUGAUGUGUGCGGGAGACGAUCAGACAGAUGAAGAUAUGUUUCAAGUGCUUAAGGAAGACGAAAAUGCUUUCAGUAUUUCAGUCGGACCACUAUCGAAAAUUACAUUAGCCAAAUACUGUGUCGAGCAUAGUGAAGACAUAGUGCAUAUCCUUGGCCAACUAGUAGAAAGUCCAAGCAACUUAUAAAGUUGAAAGUAUGUCAUAGAAAGGGAAAGGUUGUGAUGAGAAGGCUUCUGAAACACAGCAGCAUCAUACCUCUGUACAAUAGACCAUCACGCAUACAUAGAUAUACACUGCACUGAGAAAAAAGGAAAACUUUCGAUAUAACAUUUCAUGAGCCUUUUUUUAACUUGUUCUUCUUCUUUAUUUUUUGUUUUAUUUAUACAUCCUCUUGAUAAUCAUUCAAUAAUAAAUAAUGUCGAUUUCUUUUUUC